UCCACAUGUUGUGUAUUUACAUAAAGCAGGUUUGACUGGAGGAAGGCCAGUGGUUUCCCGCCUAUUGCCCAAACUCUGCCCCACCCCUCGCUGGCUUGAGUUGGUUUCGUAACACUACUCUGCUCAGUGUGUGGAGCUCUCCCAGCAUACAGUGGCAGCAACAACCCGGAGCCUGCCUUUUGAAUUCAACAGAGGGAAUAGUUGUGCCUCCGAACCAUCUGUACCAGUUGUUGGAGACAGUUGACAUCUACUUGGGACAACCAACUUAUUCAUUGCAGCUUUCCUGUCGUGUGUCCAUCAACAAGCCAGAGCCAACAUGCAGCAAGAGUCUAAACAACGAAGAAUGAACAUGGAUUUUUCCCAAUUGCACACAUAUACACCGCCACUGUGUGCUCCGGACAAUACCGGCUAUACCUACGCCCUCAGCUCCAGCUAUUCAACGACAGCCCUAGAGUUUGAGAAGGAGCACAAGAUAGCUCCUGUGUACGAGUCUCCCAGGAUGUCCCGAAGGAGUCUGCGCCUGAAAAACAGUGCAGCACAGCUGGACAACAGCAAUGUGGUGGACUACUACAGCCAGAGCAGCAGCAGCUACAGCAGUAGCACCAGAAAAGAGACACGAACAUCUCGGAGCAAAAAGCAACAGUCUGCGUCCCGUUCAUUAUCUUUGAGUCAGGUUUCUACACCGAGAGUAGCCCUGUCAUUUUCAGCUGUUAGUACUCCAAUACAACACAGCAGUGAACUUCAGGAAACCAGCACAGCUUUUGACGCCUCUCUGCACUCCUCUGCUUUGGAUCAAUCUCAGCUGAGACAGCGCAACAUCUCCACAAUCAUCACUACCACCUCUACAGUUCAUGAACACAGACAAAAGGGCUCUGGUUCUGACCACAGCACCAGUGUCAAUGGCGGCUGCAGUGCCAAUUCAUCAAAAUCUCAUACAACGGUUGCCAAUGGUUACUUGUGUAAAGACUGUGCACACCACUCCUCCCAGAGAGCAGGUGUGCUCACAACACAAACGACAUCUUCAUCAUCCUCCUCUUCUUCCUCUUGUGUACAAGAAGCCUCCACAGAUGUGCUUUCCUCCGCCUCCUCACCUUUCACCAGUAUAUACUCCAGAGAUAGAAGUCGGAGGAACAAAACUGGUGUUCUGCGGUCUAUAUCUAAUACGUGUAUGAGUUACAGCAGACAAACAUUGGCGUCUGUUGUGUCUUUAGUUACACUAUUCUUCAACAGCGUGCUGUGGGUUGGUUCACAAGCAAAGAGUCUGUCUGGAAAAGGUGUUUUUUCAUCGUUCUCAAGUUCAGUGGGGCAUGCUCUGUCAUCCAGUGUUUCCCGACUGCAGUUGUUAAAACAAAGCAUUCUCAAAAGAGUUAUGGGAUACUACAGAACAAGCGGUCAUGAAGAACAAGCACACUCAAGCUUCUGUGGCAGCUUGAAUGUGAAGGAUCUGGCAACUGAAGAUGCAUCACACCUCAAGUUUAAUGGUUCUUUAUGUGAUGACUGUAAAGGAAAGCAGUAUUCAGACACACAUACCGUCCUGCACACACACAGCUCCAGGCGCAGAAGGCUUGUAGGGGCACUAUGGAGCAUACUCGCCUUCACAGGUUACUGCCUCCUUCAGCCUGGGUACUGUGUGGUAAAUGCAGCUAAAACCUUGGCCUCAGGGGUCGGAACAGUAACACAAAAAUUUGCCUCUCUGUUUUGGCUCCUGUUAGCUGCUCCAGUGAAUACCGGAAAAGGGCUCUUGUGGUUUCUUGCCUGUGGAUGGUACCACUUGGUCUCUCUAAUGUCCCUUCUGAAUGUGUUCUUUCUCACAAGCCUUCCCAAGCUCUGGAGGUUCCUACUGCUGCUAUUGCCCUUGUUACUCCUCCUUGCCCUUUGGUGGUGGGGUCCGUCCAUUGCAGUUCUGUUUGCCUAUCUUCCCGCCAUAAACCUCACAGAGUGGCGUCCAGCGUCUCCCAUCACUGUACUCUCUAACCUGAUGCCGACACAGAAGUCAGUGUCUGUCUCUGCUCCUGUUUCUGCACCGGAGUCCUCAGUGGAAUACACCCCAACCACCCCAGUGUCACAGGCGUCAUCAGCCCUUCCUCCGGUGGUCCUGUCCAGUGUGGACUUGUCCCGUCUGGAGCAGGUGGAGAAGCAGCUGGCUCUCCUGUGGGAGCGGGUGAAGCAGGGCGACGAGAGACAGGAGCAGAGGCAUGGGGACAUUUUAGUUCUGUACAACAACCUGAAGGAGCAACUCCACACAGAGACUGACAGAGAAAAGCUUGUACUAUGGGUGUCUUCUCUCCUGGAGCAGAGGCUCGGAGCACUGCAUGGAGAGCUGGAGAAGGACAGGGCACAGACCGCAGAACAGCAGAAACAACAGCAGGAGAGUCAGGGAGCACGACUGGCCGAGUUGGAACUGCUGCUAAAAGCUUUGGCUGCCAGAACUGAGGAGGUGCAACAAAAGCAACAGCACUUUGAGUUUGAGACAGAAGAAAGUAAAAAGGCUAUAGAUGCAGCUCCUGUCAGUGUGGGCGUACAGCAGGAGGACCAUGCCGCUCUUCUGGCCCAAGUGAAGAGACUCGAAUCAGAGCUGGGCAGAAUCCGAGAUGAUCUGCAGGGUGUGAUCGGAUGCAAGGGGAAGUGUGAGCAGCUGGACACUCUACAAGAGACUCUUUCCUCACAGAUAUCCUCACAGAUCUCCUCUGAAGUGUCUGCCCAAGUGCGUAAAGAACUGCAGGCCCUGUUCUAUGGCAGCGGUAAUGAGGGGGAGGUACCAGAGUCUUUGCUCCUCUGGUUGUCACAGCACUACACCAGAACCCAAGACCUGAGGGCGGCUCUGGCCGAACUCGAGCUCAACAUCCUCCGAAAUGUGUCGCUGCAGCUGGAACUUAACAAAGCCCAAACCAUGGGAGAGGUCCAGUCUCACACACAGAACAUUGUAAAGACAGUCACAGGGACAGUCCAACGCACAGCCUCUGCGGAAGGGCUCACAGAGGAGCACGUUAAAGUGAUUGUCCAGAAUGCUUUAAAGCUCUUCUCUCAAGAUCGAACAGGCCUAGUGGACUUUGCCCUAGAAUCUGGAGGAGGAAGUAUCCUGAGCACCCGCUGCUCUGAGACUUAUGAGACAAAAACUGCCCUCAUGAGCCUGUUUGGUCUGCCCCUCUGGUACUUCUCCCAGUCUCCUCGAGUAGUCAUACAGCCUGACGUGUACCCAGGGAACUGUUGGGCAUUCAAAGGUUCUCAGGGCUACCUGGUGAUCCGGUUGUCUAUGAGAGUUGUUCCGACAUCUUUCUGUGUCGAGCACAUUCCCAAGACACUAUCGCCAACUGGAAACAUCACCAGUGCUCCACGCAACUUCACAGUAUUUGGGUUGGACGAUGAGUAUGAAGAAGAAGGAAAACUUCUUGGGAACUACAUUUACCAAGAAGAUGGAGACUCAUUGCAAACCUUUCCCGUCAUGGAGCCCAAUGAAAAGGCGUUCCAGAUCAUUGAGGUGCGUGUGCUGUCUAACUGGGGUCAUCCAGAAUACACCUGCCUCUACCGCAUCAGAGUUCACGGAGAACCACAACCACAAUGAACCAGGCAUCAACAUCAGUGUAUCCAUGGAGACAUAUCAUCAUCUGUACAUAGCUGAUGCCAACUUUUAGAAAUGGAUGGAAUGCUUUGAUAUAUUGGGACAUUUUUUAUGCCAGAGAAGAAGGAUCCAAAUUGCUUUAUGCAUGUGUUUUGUACAGGAAGAAGAAACUAUAUUUAAGGACUAUGGAAGAACACAAACAGGAAAUGAACCACAAAAGAAGCUAGCAAUCUCUUCUUUUUUAAAUGCUUUUGCACUGAUAUAUUGUGAGGGUUUGAGACUCACUAACUGGACAAAAUCUACCCUCUUGCGUGUUCUGGUUUUUCAGUAAGAAGGAUGCGUAAAGCGGGGUAUAAGCUCACUUCUCCCAUUAUUUUUGACUUUUUUUUUUUUUGCUUUGAAGCCACUACAUCUUUGCCUGACACACUAGACAUGCUACAUUAUUUGUUGAUUCUUAUAUUUCAUCGUUAUAUCAUGUUUGUAGAGGCAAUAGAAUAUACACUAGACAGGUUUUGAAUGUUUGUGGAGAUGUACUGAAAGUCUUCCUCUAUCCACAGAAAACGCAAUGUAACCACUGAGCUGAACUCUAAUGAUAGUAUUUGUCUAUGGCUUUAUUAUUUAUUAUGUGCAGCAGUUAAUAGGGAAAUCCACAACAUGUAUUAGCAUGUGGCUUGCUAAGCUUGGUUUCACCUGCAUCAUGGAUUUUAAAAAGUGGUCUCUAUCAAACAGUCCAGUGCCUGGAUUUUAAACUCAAGUUCACUGGUAUUUUAUUCAAUUUUAUCUAACAGGAGUGAAGGGUUUGUUUGUAUUUGUACUGGUUUUAUUUUCUUACAGGAGGGAGCUUUUCAUUUAGUUUGAGAAUUGAGACUUCACCAUAUCCUUAUGUUUAAAACAUGUCUAGUAAUAGUAACCUUACAGUAGUGUUUCCCAAAUUCUGUUAUAAAUCUGUCACCAUAAUUGUUUUUAUUUGAAGUUAAUCAUGUCUUUGUGUUGAUGAUGUAAAGAAAUGCACUGUAAAAAUUAAAAAGUGGCACCAGUCUUCACAAUAUUUGAGAAACCAAUGUGUAGUUAAUUUUAGUUGCAAAGAUGAGAAAGGCUGAAAUGUAUGUACAAAGUUUGUUCACAAUGUUAUUUAUUAACAAGUAAGUUGGUGACCACAAAUUAUGAGUUACUGCAAUGUAUAUUUUGUUAUAAAAGCUGUUUUGUGCAUUUUGGAAACAUCUUGGGACUUUUUUAAGAUAAAAAGUGCUAUUUUUGUUCAGUCAUGAGAUGACUUAACUGCUUUGGAAUAUAUUCCAAUAAAGAUUUUAAAUAAAUUUU